GAAGAUUGCCAAACAACUCGGCUCAAUGAUCUUCUUCAUCCUUGCAUGAAUUCCUCUCUCUCCCUCUUAGAUAGUUAGGAUUCAAAUCUCUCUUCAUAAUCAUCAUCUCUCUCUCUCUCACACACACACAUCCGAACAAAACCAAGAACACAACAGACAAUACUUGUACAUGGCAUCAGUCGCAACCCACUUCUCAGCAUUCCUCUUCCUCUGCCCACUAGGCAUCCGCCGCCUCCUCUGCUCAUUCUCUCUCUAUUUGAAAAACCCAUCUCUCUACCGAUCAAAGCCAUGGUAUUUCUCAGACCCCAGAUGGAAAAACUUUGACUUCUUCACCCUCCUAAUUGCCCUCCCAAUCGCCUCAUUUUCUCACGUUUUCUUCUUUCUCGCCUUCUCUGGCCAUCCAACCUACCGAUUCGCUUUCUUGGAACAAUCGUUGAUCAUUUUCCUCUUCUGGGUCCUCCUCAUUUUGAUAAUUGUCCGUGAAAAUCUUGACCCUAUUGCCGUUCCUGAGAAUUUCAUUUUCAUUUUCGCUGGAAUUUCAUUUCUGAUUGAAUUUUCAAUGAAUGGGAAAGGAUUUUCGGGUCUUGGUGGUGCUGUGUAUGAAUUGUUAGGUGGAUUGACACUAGUUUGUGGUGCUUGUUGUUUUUAUUUAUCCAUUAGGCCAUCGGCCUUCUUUGCUGAGUUUUUUCUGUCUUCUGGGCUUAUGUUGAAGGGGAUUUGGGUUCUGCAAAUUGGAUUGUCAUUGUACACUGAUACAUUCGCAUUGAAGGGUUGUAACCAGGGGAAGACUGAUGUGACAUGUGAGCUUGAGGAGGAUAUGUUAAGAGGUAUAGCAUUGAUGAAUCUCUUGUUCACUGGGCAUGUUAUUGUGGUCUUGAUCUUGAGUUUUGUGUUGUUCGGACUGUUAUACUGUAAUCGGAAUAUGAGGUGUGGUGAGGCAAGUGGGCCAUUGUUGGCGGAGCUUGGAUCAGAGACUAUGCUGAUGCAAUCAAUUCCUGAAUUUGAGAUGGAGUGAAAGUUUUCUGGUUGUUUUGUCUACUGUGUUGAGGUACAAAACAUGGGAGGGGGUGGAUGUUAUCAGUUGUAGUUGUGAAAAAGUUUUGAUUUUUUACAGAUUAUGGAGUUCAAAAUCAACAAGUGGAAUAUAUAUGGGAAUUCCAAAGACUUAGAGAAAGCAGAGAAGCUUUGAGGUAUUUUUUCAGAAUUGAUUUCACCGUGUACAUGACACCAUUCACUUACAAAAUAGCACCUUGUUUCAAUAUUUUCUCCAACUUGUGAUGUUUAAAAGAUAGAGAGGCCCCAGAUAUGAGAAUUGAGAAGGUGGCAAAUGAGUUUUGAGAAUCUGCGUGACAAUGAAAGUUAGAUAUGUUUAACUUGAUGAGAUGUGGGUGUGGCUCAUGCAGUUAUGCUUGUUUUUGCAAUCUCAAGAUAAAUGCCAACAAUAGAAGAUAUAGAAGGCAAGAGAGGUUACUGUGUUAUAAAUGUUGGUAAACCACAAUGCUGGUUUGUAUGUAUAGGUUUUAGUUUUAUUACCUCAACCAAGCUUUCCAAACGUUUUCUCAUCCGUCUUUGUAUGAAACCUCUGGUGCACUGCUUGACAGUAAUUUUCAAUCUUAAGGUGUGAAAACUUGAAUGCUCUAUAACUACAUAUACACUUUGUAAUCUAUGGUUACCUUCACAUGAUAUUUUACAAACCCAUAGAAGUUCAGCAGGUUCCAUACAGUCUUGUCUAACUUCUUGCCUUCAACAUGACGUGAAGUAAUAUCUGUAGUAUGUCAUGCCAGUUCAUUUUAGACCAGGCCAACUCAAACUCUAAGUGGCAAAUGAGAAAAAAGUGCUAUUUUAUACUUUAGUGAUGCAUCAU